CAGCGCGAGAGACAGUCAAGAGACAGUCGUGAUCGCGCGCGCUCUGUGGAUAAUUCAAAAUCCCGUCUUGCUUGAACUGUGCACCUGCUCUGGGACAUACGAAACCCUAACCUGCUGAAUAAAACAUGGAGCACAGUUUAUCCUUGUGGACUUACGACAGCAAAUUUCUCCACCACAACAUCGCGGAUUUUUUCACCAGUGUACAAGUUACGCAGGAUAUACCAGCCGGAACAUCUUUCGGACCUUGUGUUCUUCAUAAUACCUUUUAUGAUCCUAUAGCCUUCAUUGCACUGAAAUCAUUUGACAAACGGAAUAAAUCAUAUGUAUUUCGGGUAGAUCCUGAGGCGACGAAAGGCUCCCCAUUAGUUGUUCCUUGGCUACGAUUGGUGCAGGCUGCAAUGAACGCAGAAGACCAGAAUACCGAGGCCUUCUUGAAGGGUGGACAGCUACAUUUUCAGACUAUUCGAGAUGUGAAAGAAGGCGAGGAACUGCUUGUUUGGUACGACGAGGUGUUGUCUCAUCUUUUGGGAUUCGGAGACUUAAAAACAAAGGCCUUGACAGAUGAUUCGGAUAAUAUCUCAGACACACUCAAAUCAAAGCCUGCUCUAGGAUUCAGAAAUGCGUUGCCCGCGCAUCUGUUGCACGGUGAUUUGCCGGGCACCCAUGCAGGUGGGGUGAUGUCCACCCCACUGAAUUCAGGAGGCUCUUACUAUUACGCGCCUGAGCACGGGACCAGGACUUGUUUGACAGUCCUCCCAUCUACCUUCACUCCAUUGGGUGUUUCAGUUCAGAACUGGUGCGCCAAAUGUAACCUCUCAUUUCGAAUGACAUCCGACUUGGUGUUUCACAUGCGGUCACAUCAUAAAAAAGAGUUCGCUGCGGAGGCUCAGGUGAAGCGGAGGAGAGAGGAGAAACUCACAUGUCCCAUCUGCAAUGAGUACUUCCGAGAGCGUCACCACCUCUCACGUCACAUGACCUCUCAUAAUUAGACUGAAAACUCUAUCGCACUUUAUUUGAGGCAACUGUUCACGAGAUGCUAUGAGGUUG